AUGGAAGUCGAUCCUGACAAGCACGCAUCGUUUCACAUGCAUCUAUUUAAAGAAGGUUUUAUGGAAAAAAUACUUAUGCCAUCUCAUUUUGUGAAAAAACACAAGAAGAUGUUGGCUAAGACCUGCAUACUGAAAACUGAUGUAGCUGGGAUUUCAUGGAAACAUGAGGAUGUUUUGAUCUUUUUCCUCAUUGAGAAAUCAACGUUUCAUGUCCUGCUCUACUCCCAGAAGCAAUGUGGAAACCUUGAUGGGAGGCAACUUUUUGAGGAACUCAGUUCUUCCUCGGAAGAGGAAGGGGAAGGGGAAGAAGAGGAGGAAGAGAAAGAGGAAGAGAACAUCGAAGCUUCAAGAAAAUUGAAAAAAGUCAAAAUGAAGCGAGGAGAAUCAUCAGGUAAGUCAAAAUGGAGCCAAGAGCCAAUAGAUAUAUCAGAUUUUGAGGAAGAAUGCGUUAAUCCAUCCCGUAGCUCCAAAGAUGGGGGAAAUCCAGGCUUUUCACGUCCAGAAGUUAAAUCCGAUGCCAAAGCUGAUAACAUGCUCGGCUUGAAGAAGAAAGCUCCCGAGACUAAAGAAGCGAAGAAGGUGGCCAAGGAUCCUGACAAACCAAAGAGGCCUACAAGUGCUUUCUACGUUACCCGAGGACGGAGGUCUGCCUCGUAUCCUGACAAACCCAAGAGGCCUGCAGGUGCUUUCUUUUUUUUCUUGAAGGAGUUCAGGAAGCAGUUCAAGAAGGAGAAUCCAAAAAAUAAAUCUGUGGCCGCUGUCGGUAUAGCCGGUGGAAACAAGUGGAAACAGUUGUCAGAUGCUGAAAAAGCUCCUUAUGUGGCAGAGGCAAAGAAAAGGAUGGCGGAAUAUCAUAAGAACAAGGAUACUUAUUAUAACAAGCGAGUAGCUGCUGGAUCUUCCGAAGAAGAGGAAUCUUACAAGUCAAUGUCCGAGGUUGAUGAGGAAGAGAACAAUGAGGCUUCUAGAAAAUUGAAGAAGGUCAAAAUGGAGCCAAGAGAAUCAUCAGGUAAAUGUAUCUGUACAUCGAUAUAUUUAUGCACUUGGUUCCUUGCAAUAACAUUGAUGAACGCACUUGGUUUCUUUUUGUUGCGUUUUGGCAUCGUAUUUGUAUGCAAGUUUGAUAAGAAAUUAAAACAUCACAGUUAAAGGCUUCGAUUGUGAUUUUGAAAACAGAAUGCAGUUUGAUAUUCAGAUUUUUGUAUGAAGCGAGUAUGCCUCUGGCAACUAAUUAAAAGGCUUGUUAAAAGUUAAGGUCAUCUUAAAAUUAAGGAAGUUUUGCUUAAAAGGACUUAACAGUCUAGAAUAGACAUAUUCAUGUGCUUCAUAAUUCGUGAGAUACUUAGUUCUGCCUCGUCGAGUAAACAUUUCAGAAUUGGAGUAUGAGUAGAUCAUUUGCAUUAGGAAUAAAGACAAUUACCAAGGGCUGGCUUGUGGAGUCUCACAGUAUUGUCUAUGUAAUUCCGAUGCUGCUUCUCUUUGGAACUGAGAAGUGACAAAUUAAAGUUAUUCUGUUUCUGUAAAAAGUAACAAAGUUCAAUCCGGUGUUUGCAUUAACUGAUGGAAAGCUUUUCACGAAAAAUCAGCUUUUGCUACUCAGAAUAUCAUCUGCUCCACUUAAUGCCUUCGUUGCUUCUCGAUAUUCUGUAAUUUCUGUCUUUGUAGAGAUUUGAUAUGAUUGAAGAGAGUAAAACAUAUUAGUGAUUGGUAUAGAGUUAAUUUUACACUGAAUAUCAUAUUUUCCUGAAAGCCCAUGGUACACGGACGAACGAGUCGGAUGACGAUUCUAUAGGGAGCCUAGUGGGAACCCCCUCAACAAGCAACAGAGGGAAAGAAAAAUUGUUAGACAUGGUGGAGCAUUCUACUAAAAACCUAGGCCAUUUUCCAUCAGGACAGUCCAGCAAAACAAAAAAACAAGAAGGGAAUGCAGAGAAUGAUGUUGCAGUUGAUAUGCAUAUCAAAAGAAUGGAGACUAAGAACUUGCUAGAGGAUUUAGCUUCACCUUAUUUCCCAAGAGAGG